AGCGGGGGUGGACUACUUGUAAAGUUGGAACUCUGCCAUAAACAUUAGCUUUAAUUUAAAGAGUAGGUAAAUGUUCUUGCUCGCUAAACCGUGCAUCUCUUGUUAAAAUACCAUCGGUUAUAGUCGUCGGAGCUGCAAAAGUUAGCUACGUAUCGUCGGCAGCAACUCCUUGCAGCGCUUGUCCCGACAAUAUCCAGCAGCAUGGAUCCUGAAGGGAGCCCACAAAGUGCAGACGAUGAGACCGUCACGCCAGACCAGAUCCCCAAAUACCAGAGGAGUCUGAGGAGCCUUCAUACACUCGCCACGAGGUUUCUCGGGUUGUUGCAAGAAGCUGAUGGCGGUGUGGUGGACCUCAAAGACGCUGUCAGGAUCCUGGCGGUCGGGCAGAAAAGGAGAAUCUAUGACAUCACUAAUGUGCUGGAGGGCGUUGGUCUGAUUGCAAAAAUCUCAAAGAGCAUAGUGAAGUGGAGAGGAGCAAUACCAGGAGAAAAUGCUUAUGUUCUAAGCAACAGACUGAUCGAGUUGAGGUCUGAGCUGAGGGACUUGGAGCAGCAGGAGUAUAUGUUGGACCAGCAGAAAUUCUGGGUUGAACAGAGCAUCAGGAACACCAGGGAAGACUGCAGUGAUCUGACAUAUGUGAACCAUGAAGAUAUCUGCAACUGCUUUAGUGGCCAUACUCUCUUGGCAGUACGGGCGCCAUCUGGCACACAGCUCGAUGUACCCAUUCCCAAAGCUGUCCAGAACAGCCCAGCAAAGUACCAGAUCCAUCUAAAAAGCAUCAACGGGCCAAUAGAUGUCGUACUUCUUAACAAACUCUCUGUCAGCUCUGUUCCUGUCGUACUGCCUGUCCCACCACCUGAAGAACUUUUACGCAACGCCAAACCAACCAUACCAACUUCAGAUGAGACGGCAAGCAGUGUGGGACCCUUUCAGGCGUCAGCUAAUACCAAACAUGACGCCAAAUCUAAAGGACCGGCCACGGAGGACAUGCGACACCUUCAGUCAUCGCCAUUUAAAAACAGACCGGAUACAUCGAAAUCACAAGGUUUAUCAAAAGAAUUGCAGGACCUACUACGCCCAACCAAAGAAAUGAUGACUGCAGAUCGAAUAAGAGAGCUUAUUGCCUCUGAUGUUUUUCCUCCACUCCGUCUAUCUCCGCCCCCAUCUGAACAUGAAUACCCCUACAAUCUGGAUGACAGUGAAGGCCUCUGUGACCUCUUUGACGUACCGAUGCUCAAUGUUUGACCAUGACUUCCUGUGUUACGGACUCCAAAAGUAAAUAUUUUACUCCAACAAUGUACAUAGUCAUCUAUUUUUAAAUAGUUAUUUGAUUGCAACCAAUAAUAAACAUAAUUUUGAACAUUG